AAUAUGGCUUACUAAAUCAGUUGUAGGGCUGAGCUUGAUAAGACAUCAAUGAAGUCAAGAUUAAAAUUAUUGUUCAAACUAUCACAUUAAUACAUUUAAAAAAAGAUUUUUGAAAUUCACCUAAAUUUACUCAUCAAUGAGUAUUGAAAUUCGGAGCUGCUGAAUUUGAGAAAGUUAAAUGAUGUUUGGACUUCACCAGAGCAUCACUUUACCAGACAUCAGAACUUUAAAAACAUCAAAGAUUUCUCAGCCAACAAGAAACCCCCAAAAGAUGAAAGUAACAUUCUGCACUUCAGCCUCUAACAAGAAAAGGGUGAAAAAACACACACAGUCUCUGAUUGUAUUGAAUCCAUCUACAAUAGCAAAGAAGUACAAUAACAAAAAGAUUUUCAUCAGAAAGGUACCAUCUAGUUAUGAGCUACCAAGUCGUCUGGACAUUUUAGCAGCUCCACCAGUGAGACAUCGCAUUCAUCCGGUUCAUCAUAGUAUGGUCAACAUAAGUAUGAAAAAGCUACCACUGUUGGUGGCAAUAAAACCUGACAAUGAGAGAGCAGAGAAGGAGAGGUUCAUGAAAACAAACUACAACUACAAUCCUUACUUCCUCUACAGAGGAAUCGCAGAUCCAGAUUCUUUAAAAAAGUUUAAAGCCCCAUCUGAUCAGUAUUUGUCACUGGCUGUAUUAAUAUUGGAAAGUACUUUAGCCUACUUUGGAAGUUAUGAAACAUUUGAUAAAGUGACAGGAGGACCUAUUUUGAACAAACAGCAGAUCUAUAGUCUAUGUAAAUCCUAUUUGGCCAGUGAAGAUUUAGAUGAGGAAGUUCAGAUCAACCUCAAAGAAGAUUUGCUCAGUCGAGGCUCCAUGACAAGAACAGAAGGGCGACCUGUCGUGAACAUACGCUGUGUUAACCUACGAGAGCAUGGAGCAGAGGGCCUAUUACGCCAUGAAAUUGGAACUCAUUAUUUGCGAAGUUGUAACAACAGCAAGCAGCCCUGGAGCAACCCCAAAGUGAGAGAAAACUUAAACAUGAAGCCCUUUAAUCCAACAGAGGAGGGUCUUGCAAGCUUACACAGUGUAUUGUUGAGGGAUAAACCAUUUUUGUGGCAGCCUGCACUACUCUACUAUACAACUUUUAAAGCUUCAAAAAUGUCUUUUAAAGAAAUAUUCAUUGACCUAGAGAAGUAUGUCCAAAGCCCUCAUGUAAGGUGGGACUGCUGUUUGAGAGCCAAGCGAGGACAAGUGGAUACUUCAAGGCCUGGUGGCUUUUUUAAAGAUCAAGUGUAUUUGGAAGGAGUCUUGAAGCUGCUGAAAAGAAGGAAAACCUUAGACUUUGAGCUUCUGGUUCGACUGGGCAAGGUUUCAUUUGAGGAUGUUGGCCGCAGCUGUCUCACAGAGAAUGCAAAGCUAGACAAAACUCGUAUCCCAAAGUUCAUGGAAGAUAUGGUAGUCUAUCACAGACAGCUAGAUUAUAUAGCAAAAACCAAUGGCCUCACUGACGAUGUGCUCAAUUUAGUGGACUAGUGCUAGAUAAUGCUAAUGCUAAUGUUAAUAUAUACUACUACAUCAGUUUUGAAAAACUUGUUUUUGUUUAUAGUAAAGAAGUAACUAAUUGAAAAUGAGUAUUUAGUUUAAAUAAUAAAUUGGUGAUCUGACUGAAGCUUUAAUGUAUGUAUAUAGUAUAUAAGAGAUGUAAAGAAAACAUUCAUGCUAGUCAUAAAAGAAUGUAUUAAGACAUUAUAAAUGAAAUUUUUUGUUGCGUAUUCAUUUGGUCUACAGCCCUUAAUCCUUUUGUCAUCAUCUUACACCAGGGUAAUUAAUGGUUAAUUAUACUUUUGCAAGCCAAAUACGGUCAGUAUGGGACAAAAAUGUUUUUCAUUUUACAAUGGCAUUUAGUAAAUGCUUUUGUUUUCUGAAAAAAUGGAUAAUACUGUUAAUUAAAAUGUUUCUUAAAAUAUUAACAGCUAUUUCUAAGUCAUUUUUACUUUAGCUCUUGUUAAAAGGCAGCAUGCCAGAUGUUACUUGGUUCAGAAUGCAGCAUUAUUAUUGUUUUUUCUAUUAUAUAAUAUAAUUUAUCGAGCUUAUAAUAUGCCUAUUUACUAGUAACAUGUACAUUUAUUACUUUUGCGAUGUUUUAACCAAAUGUGUAGAUUUGUUUAUUUGUGGUUUAUUUUCACAACUUGUGAUGUACUGUACAUUUUAAAAUGGUAAAUUGAGGAAAUAAAGGGAGCAGGGCAUUAGAGCCCAGUCAAUUACUUAUUGACCCUAAACCCAAUGGGAAUAAGGUAGGCAUAGGUUAGUAAAACUUCAGGAUGGAGUAAGCUUAUUCUGGACAUUGCUGGUUUUUGUUUUGUAUUCUACAGAUAGUAUGAGAUACAGUGUAUUUAGCCAGAGGCAUUUUCAAUUUUAAGCACAAUCUAUUUAUAACUUGAAAAU